UAUUUCCGCACGUGCCAGUAACGAGAGGCCGUAAUCAAUUUAGGUAUUGGAUGAACGUUCCUCUCUUCGAUUCAUCACCAUUUCCCCCAUUUUAAUCUCUAUCGCUUUCUUUCUGAGGUUUCUCAUCGCAUCUUCGAAGUUCAUUCACCUCAAAAACAUGACGACGAGCUUGGAUCGGUGGGAGAAGGAUCCUUUCUUUCCCGCUGCUGAAGAGGUCCAGGAAUCUGCUGACAGGAUGGAGUCAGCUUACAGGACAUGGAGGAUCCACGGCGAACAAGGCUCUUCAAACGUAUGGGACUCUGAACAGCUUCACAGAGACCUCCACGCCGCUCUCGGAACCACCAAAUGGCAGUUAGACGAGUUCCAGCGAGCUGUUCAAUCCAGCUACGACAACCGUCUCAGUGACGAUACUCGAGACAGGCACCGCGAGUUUACGUUCGCUAUGGAGGCUCAAGUCGCCAAAAUCGAGAAUUCUCUCAAGGAAGCUGCGCGAUCCGACGGCAAAGGAACCCCGAGAUGGGUUCGUUUGGACGAAGACGAUCGCAACGAGCUUGCACUCUUCUUGACUGGACCUUCUGAAUCCGAAAGGAAACAACAACAUAGAAGGGCGGCGAGUGCUACUCCUGACAUCGGUGCUUUGAACAUUGCCGUGGUUUCUGACGAGAAACCUUCUGGUGAGCCGUUGGUUAGGAAAGUUCCCAGCGUCUCUGGCUUCUUAAACCAUAUGGAACCCAAAAACUGUAUUAGAAAGUGGAAGGCGUUAGAUCGCCAAGGAGACUCUGACGCUGCUGCGUUGUUGCCUAUCCAAACGAACCAACAAGUUGUGAAUGGAUGUUUUGAGAGGGACAAGAGCUGUAUGGAGUGCGAGGAGGAUUGUUACGAUAAGCAGCUUCACGGUUGGUAUGGAGCUCUGCAGAGGCAACUUCAACGGUCUCAGUAUCAAAUGCGAUAUAGCAAAUCCCUUCAAGCGACCAUUUGGAUUCUUCUUUUAGUUUUUCUUAUAGUGGUAGUGGCAGUGCACAGAAUGUAGAAGAAGACAUGUACGGAAGACCACGUUAGAGUUCAUUCAUCUUCUGUGUAACUGGCGGAUUUGGCCAAAGUCUACAUUUUUACUGUACAGUAGUAAUUCCACUGUUAUUGUUUUUUUUUUUUUUUUGUAACAUAGAAACGCAGUUUUGGUUCAUAUUAUUCAUUGAGAGAAAAGUAAGAAAGAAUCUUGGAUUUCUC